CGCACACACACACACACACACACGGGAGCGUAGCUGAGAGGCAAGGACUGCAGCAGCAUGCACCAAUCGCGGCUGAGCUGUUCGGGGACAUGAGGAAGGGGAACUGAGGAGAGAAUAUAGUGUGCUAUCUCACACCAGACUAUGUAUGCAUCUUUGCAGUGGUGGGAACGAUGCAUUUAAAGAGCGGAUAGCUUAUGUUAUCCGGCCUCCUCUGCACUGCCUCUGCAUCCCAUUCACCCUGCUCCUCCCACUUCAACUCUUCCUCCUCCUCCUGUAUACAGCAUCAUUAGACUGGACUACAGAUUGACUGGGACUAGCGAGUGGUGGAUGGUCAGGUUUGCCCCGGCUGAAAGAUUCCUCUGUGGCUAUGCUACAUCUACAUCUUCACUGAUAGCUGGAUUGUAAUCGACAUUUGGAGCUUGAAGAUAACCCACAACCCAAAAGGAAUCUUGAAUGUGUGUGUGUCAUUCUUUACCAGUGUUGUCAUUGGCGCAUUUCCUCUAUUUGGCUGGUUGUUUUUGCCUUCUCUGAGACUGGCUAGCAGGCACUGCAGCAUCAGGACCGCAAGACCCAUGAGGCAGUAGGGCAUGAGGACCCAGGGGCGACUCAAAGGAAGGGCUUGAGUACUUCCAUUGCUACCACUGCUGCUGAGCUGAGUGAUUGGGACAGCGGGUGGAAGAGAAGAUGCUUAUGGCCCGAGACACGGCGCGGGAUGAGGCUCAAAAGCUACACAGGAAGUGGCUGAAGCAUCAGGCCUUUAUGGCGGAACUGGCCCGCAAUAAAGAAUGGCUGGCCAAGAUAGAACAGGAAGGUCAGGAGUUGAUCCAGGAGAAGCCGGAGCUGCGUUCAGUUGUUCAGCAGAAGCUGGAGGAGAUCCGAGAGUGCUGGUCCGACCUGGAGAGCACAACCAAGGCCAAGGCCCGCCAGCUCUUUGAAAACAACAAGCCUGAACCAGCAGUGAAGAGCUACUCAGACCUCGACAACCAGCUCUCCCACCUGGAACAGCAGCCCCCUCAGCUGGAACAGGCACACCAUCUGCCCACCUUCAAUGAGCAGCUCCAGAAAUUCCAGGCGAUGGAGUCUCAAAUAGGGGACUUUUACAAGGAUGUGGGAGACCUGGGAAGCUUGCAGGGGGUCUGCCUACCCCAGCAAGGGCUGAUGGGUGAUGACAGGGAAGGCGGCGAGCAGUCAGGUGGCGUAGAGACCCGCAUUGUCCGCCUCAUUGAGCCCCUGAAGGAGAGACGCCGCAUCCUGUUAGCUUCCAAAGAGAUGCAUCAAGUCGCCCAGGACCUGGAGGAUGAGAUACUGUGGAUUCAGGAGAGGCUUCCCUUGGCCUCCUGUAAGGAUUAUGGGAAUAACCUCCAGAGUGUACAGCAGCACGUAAAAAAGAACCAGACACUCCAGAGGGAGCUGACAGGGCGACAGGCUCGUGUUGAGGAAGUUCUGGACCGGGCAGGGAUCAUUGCUUCGCUGAGGACUCCUGAGGUGGAGUUUGUACGUGAAGGGGCAGGGCAUGUGCGCCAGCUGUGGGAAGUUUUGCAGCUGGAGACAGAGAGGAGGUGUGUGAUGCUGGAUGCCACGCUGCAGGCUCAGCAGUACUAUAGUGAGGCAGCUAAAGUGGAGUCCUGGCUGUCAGGUCAGAAACUCCAUCUGGUCAAUGAAGAAAAAGGCACAGACGAGGUGAGCACCCUGCAGCUGCUGAAGGCCCACCUGGCUCUGGAGCAAACAGUGGAAACAUAUGCAGAGACAGUAGGCAUGCUAUCCCAGCAAUGCCAGCGUCUACUGGAACUUGGACACCCAGAAAGUGAGCAGAUCACCAAGCAGCAGUCCCACAUAGACCGGCUGUAUGUGUCUCUGAAGGACAUGGUGGAGCACAGGAAGACCAAGCUGGAGCAGCAGUACUGGCUCUAUCAGCUCAACAAGGAGGUGGAGGAGUUAGAGAAAUGGAUCACUGAGCGUGAGACAGUGGCCAGUUCCACUGAGCUGGGCCAAGACCUCGAGGAUGUCACGGUACUUCAGGAGAGAUUCACCAAGUUUGCCUCAGAAACCAACAGCAUUGGCCAACAGCGCAUGGAGCAGGUGAAUAAAAUGGUGAAUGAGAUGAUUGACUGCGGCCACUCAGACGCAGCCACGAUCGCAGAGUGGAAGGAUGGACUGAACGAGUCGUGGGCCGACCUCCUGGAGCUGAUGGAGACCCGCAGACAGAUGCUGGCAGCUUCGCACCAGCUGCACAAGUUCUUCACUGACUGCAAAGAGGUCUUGGCUCAGAUUGCAGGGAAGAUGAAGCAGCUGCCAGAGGUGAGGGCAUGCCAAGCCAACAUCACCAAUCCAGCCACCCUGCAGAGACUUAUGCAUUCUUUUGAACAUGCCCUUCAACUGCUAGUUGCACAGGUGAGGCAGCUGCAGGAGAAUGCUGCCCAGCUGAGGACCAUCUAUGCUGGUGAGAAGGCUGAGGCCAUCAUGGUCAAAGAGCAGGAAGUGAUGGAGGCCUGGAGGGGGCUGCUGAGCGCUUGUGAGGCCAGUCGCGUCCAGGUCACCUCAGUAACGGACAAGGUGCAGUUCUUCUCGGUGGUGCGUGAAAACCUGAUGUGGAUGGAAGGCAUCAUGGGCCAAAUAGGAUGGGAUGAACCCAGGGAUCUCACGGCUCUAGAGGGGAUGAUUAAACAACAUCAGGAGCUGAAAGCCAAAGUAGAUGGCCGCAGCAAGACCAUACAGCAGUGUGCAGAUCUGGGCAAGAUCUUAAUAGCUGCAGGAAACCCUGCAUCAGAGGAGAUAAAAGAGAAGCUGGACAGUCUUCUGGCAAAGCAGAAAGAUCUUAUUGACAAAUGGGACAAACACCAGGAGAAGUUACAGUGCAAGCAGGAAAGGUUCCGGUUUGCCCAGGAGACAGUGAAGGCGGAAGCCUGGCUGAAGGCCAAGGAACCGCUGAUCACCUCCAAGGAGCCAGAAGGAGGACAGGCCCCAGCCCAAACAGAUGAGGUUGAGCAACUCAUCCUUCGUCAUGAGGCCUUCCGCAAAGCUGCUGUAACCUGGAAAGAACGCUUCAGCUCUCUCCGCCAGCUUUCCGCAGCUGAGAAGAAAAAAGAGGAGGAGAAAAAGACAACCCCACUGUCCAGCCGAAGGAUGUUCCCAUUAUCAUGUCUGACUCCCAGUGUCCCCUCAACCAGUACUACCUCAUCUUUCUUGAGGCAGUCGGUACAGGCACAUAUAGAACCCAAACCCUUACAGACCAGUCUGGAUCUGGGUGCUUCCCCUACAACCCAGAGAUUGUCCUCAACUCUCGCCAGCUACAAUCCAGUUAUAAAUGGAUCCGGCUACCAUGGACUGGAACAGCAACCCAGUGGGAAGUUGGUGAGCUCCCCAUACCUCGGGAUGAACCACCAGGUGGCCGGAGGUGGAAGUGACUCUGGUUUCUCAGCGCUGACCUCCCAGAGUGGUGGAGCAGACACUUCUACUUACCUUGGGAUAAACCAUCAAACUGCUGGCAGUGCAGAGAGCUCUGGGUACUUUGGACUGACUACUGGGUGUGUGGGUGUUACACAAAACCAUCUAGGUAGUAGCAGGCUAGGAAGUUCAGGUAACCUAGCUCAGCAGCCAAGUAGUGGAGGUAUGGGAAGCCCUGGCUUUCUCCCUCAACAGAACUUUGGCAGUUCUGGGUAUUUGGCCCAACCACAAAAUAUGGGAAGUUCUGGAUACUUGGGUCAUCAGCCUAAUUUAGGUAGUACAGGAUAUUUGGCACAACAGCCUAAUAUGGGGAGCUCUGGGUAUUUGGCACAGCAGCCUAGUAUGGUGAGUUCUGGAUACCUAGCACAGAAUUAUCAGAGCAGUGGGGGGUUGGGUAGCUCAGGCUUUCUGGCACAAAAUCAUUACAGCAGUGGAAGUCUGGGCAGUUCUGGUUACCUGGCGCAGAGUGGUGGCAUUAUGGACCCUAAAAUGGCAUAUGCAUGGCAGCACCUGAAAGCUGACUUCAUGCAGCCCAGGAUCAACCACAUCCACAAAGCUGUAAACCCUCUCCUAGAGGCUAGCAGAGUGCAGCGGGAACAGUUUGGGGACAUUCCAAUGGCAGACAUGGUGGGGCCAGAGUCAGGACUGGAGCUUCUCCACGGCCGUCUCCAGAGGGAUCCCCGUGGCAGCCGCUCUGAUCCUCAGAUGGACCAUCUGAGGCGAGAGAGGGAGUACAAGCUGGGUAGACAGACCUCCAGUGAACAGGAGAUCCAGGCCAGACUGAAUGAGCUGCCAUUGAUUGUGCGUCAGGAGCGCUACCGGAGGCGCCUGGAGAGGCAGUCGUCCAGUGAACAGGAAGGGAGCAGCAAGCAGAGGCUGCAGAGACAGGACUCAAGUGACUUGGAGGGCUCUGUCAAGGAGGGCUCUGACAAACGCUCAGGGGACAAGAGACAACAGACCAUGGCAGAGAUUGUAGAACAGGUCCAGGAGAGAGAGGCAGCACAUGCACGAGGAGAGCCUUAUCGACCUCCAAGCAGCCUUUCAGCACCCGUGACUCGUUUUGACGGACGUCCUCGUGCCAGAGACCGCCCUAAACCAAGGAGGAGGCCCCGCCCAAAAGAGCCUGAGGAAACACGACGCUCUCGCUCAGCACCAGCCACUGGUGCCCCAACAACACCUCAGCCGCCUUCACACACUGCCCACAAUGAAGGCUUCCUGUACCGCAAAAAGGCCACCACGUCUGACCUUGAAGCUCAGCAGAGAAGCCCAAAUAGUAAGUCCUGGGUGAACGUAUACUGUGUGCUGAAAGAGGGACAGUUGACCUUCUACAAGGAUGCCAGGAACCACACCACAACAUACAAUGAAGAGCCUCCUGUAGAUCUCAGUAACUGCUCAUUUGAUCCCUCAAUGGGAUACAAAAAGAAGAAAAACGUCUUCAUUCUUCAAAUGACCAAUGGAAACAACUUUGCAUUCCAUGCAAAAGAUGAGGAGGACCUGAAAGCCUGGACUUCAAAUAUCACCACCUGUAUAGCUGAGCAUGAGGCCAUUGCCAAGUGGGACAAGCCAGGCACCUCAUCCAUGGACCCUGACCACUCGGAGAGGAAGGAGAAGUCAGAGGGGGAUGCAGAUGCCAGGUCAGAGAGGUCUGAGCUGGCUGAAGGAGAGGAGAGGUCUGAGAAGGAGAGGUCAGAGAAAGGGGAUGGCUCUGAGAAGUUAGACACAUCAGAGAUUGCCGACAAAAUGGAGGGCGGGGCAGGGGGCUCCAGCACGUCUGGAAAAAGCAAAUGAGGAGCACUUUGUGUUUUAACAUUACUCACUGACAAAAGGCGUAGGAGGCAGUGGGUGGGAGGGAUGGAUGGAGAGCAUGUGCAGCUAGGUUUUCAGAUCCUCAGUCACACAGCUGGAAUACACUGAGGCCAUGGUCUUUGGACUGACUAUUGUUACUGUGACAGACUAAUCUCUCAGCCCCUCCCCUUCACCCAGGCAAUACAUCAGUGCUUGCAUUGUGCCACCUGCUGGUAGAUGGGAGGUUGGCUCAGACAGACUGACAGACAGACAGACAGACAGACAGACAGAAAGACAGACGCCAACAAGUGGUCCCAGGAAUUAGUCACUGUCACGUCCCAUCCUUGAUCGUUUAAUCUCUUGGAUUCACAGCAUCUUUCUGUAUGUAUCUUUGACUGAUAAUGUAAUGCUCUGUCUAGCUAGACAAACCUGAGAAGUGGGGAAUGAAAUGUUUCACAAUAUCAAAAAAAGAAAAAAAGGUUUUUUGAAGCAAUAUACUUUUUUAUUUCUUCUCCUUGUUAAAGAGAGAAAAGGGGAAAAGGAAACAUGAAAUAAUUGCAAAUGUGAACUGUGAUUUGUCACAUCCACGUAAGCUUACUCCAGGCAGUUGUGCACCUUUAGACACUUGACACAUCUGUAUACUAAUCAUAGUGACAUUUAAUCCCAUCACAUGGCUAGCUUUGAAUCAUGUUAAUAUAAUGGAAUGCUGGUGUUACCCACCUGACUUCAUUGGUGUAAAUGAAUACACAGUUCUAUACAGUUUAUUUUCUGUUUUUAUUAUCAUUAUCAUUAUUAUUAUUAUUAUUAUUGUUAUUAUUAUUUGUCCACAAUGAUCCAUGUCAAGAAAAGAGCUUCCAUCAAAUUCUAAUCCAAGGUGUGUUCAAAGUGGCAAUGCUCAAAUUAAUACUAAGCCUAUGUGACACAAUGCUUUGUAUACAUGACAAAAAUCCAAACAUUGCAUGACAAAGUCUAUUAGUGCACUUGUUAAAGUUGCCUUUUUUAUGUUCAUGAUAUAAGUUAGGCAGUAUUGGAAUUGCAAUAGUUUAAUGUGAGCGGGGGGAAAACUGUAGUUUACUAUCUUGGUCCACAUCUGAAAAUCAAGAGGUAAGUCUGGCAAUGUAGGGUUGUCUUCUGACUGCUGUACGCAUGUGACGAAAGGGAUGUUUCUUUGGGGGGUGGGGGUGAAACCUAGAGAAGUGACUCGUCCUUGAGCUGUAACGUGAAUUAAGAAGCCAGAUGGCCCCUCUGCUGUUUGUACUGUAUUACUGCAAUGUAUUUUCCACAGAAUGUAUUGAUUUCAACUGUGAAAUGUUCAAUCACCACCAAGUCUGUGGUGCCCAAAAUUGUAAAACCCUGAAACAGUUCAGCGAGAGUUAAGCCUCUCUGUACCCUGUGUCUUUAAUUUGAAGUUGAAAUUAAUUGGAAUCUCUCCAUCAAAGGCAAGUUAAAUGUAAAACUGUCAUGAUCCAAGUCAUGAAUUGUAUAUACCUAUCUUUGUAUGUAUACCAAUAAAUCCUGUGCUCUAAUAAAACAAUACUCUGAACUGAAAUGGGUAAAACUAAAACAUUUGUAUUAAUCCACAAAUAAAAACAGUCAUCACUCAGAUAUAUAAAUGUUUAUUAAAUUUAAAUGAAAAAUAUGCAAAUUAGGGGCCACUAUAAAAUAUCAUAGUGUAUAUAAGUACACCAGUAUCUAGUUGUAUGAAACACCUUUUACCAGGAAAGAGCAGCAGGACAUACUGUAAGUAUGCUUGUUGUAUUUUUAUAUGCCUAUAUUCAUUCAUAUCAGAUCCAGGAGUUGCCCCGCAGCCCCAGUAACAACUUGUACAAAUAACUGAUCAGUCAGUAGUCAGUGUGUCUGUGAGAGGUGUGGUAAAAUUAUAUAUUACCACCAAGAAAAAAUCAACUAGCCUGGACAGUUCAGUACAUGCUCCCCCCCAUAACUGAAUUAUUGGUGACUAAACUGAAGUACAGUAUGCUGUGAUCACAGACAUGAACAGAUAUUAGUCCACUUAUUGUUUGUUUGUCAUGUAUGGCAAUUAUUUUUACAUAUACAAUCAAAAUUUCCCUAAUGUCAGUAAAAUGUAGCCACAUUGUACUCACAUUAAAGAUCCUCUCAGACUGCACCUCAGAUAUGUUAUAAAAUGACUUCUUAACAGUCUUCCUUUCUAUAAAAACACCAAAAGUAUAUUUUAGAUGCAACAGUAUUUGAAUUCACUGAGUUGAGGAUUGUAGUGACGGUGUGCUGUAUCUGUCUGUAUCACUGCAGCCUUCAAAUGAGUUGAAUGAGAAUAGAUAAGCUAUUUUAUGGUGUGAAUGUUCUUUUAAUUUGUAAGUCACUGUUUGUUUUUACAUAAGUGCCAUGUCAUGCAGUUUGAUGACACAGUGCUUCAGAAGAGAAAACGCCUGGUUAUUGAAACAUAAAUAACAGCAGUGAGCCUGUCAUGGCAAUACAUAUUUUUAUCAUUGAAAUAGGAGCUAGAGUAUUUUCAUGUGGCUGUAACUGUUCUGAUUAAUCGCUCACGGCAGAUAUUUAGCCCGCAUCACCAUAUGCGUUUUAAGUGUUUGCUUCCCAUCACUUUUAUGAAACACAGGGGGGAUUUUUUUCCACUAUGUUAUAACAGUAACAGAACUUAAAUAGACAGCAUAAACCGUAACUGAGGAAAAAAAUAUAUUGUGCAAACUUUGUUUCCUUCAUUGAUGGUCUUACAAGUGUGUAUGUCGUUGUUACUUUACAUUACAAGUUGCUGCUAUGACAUUAAAUAAACCUCCAAACCUGCUGAUGCAAA